AAAUAUUUUUUCAUAUAGCAACUGAUUGAUAGCCAUUUUGAAGAGCCUUUUGUUGGUGUUUUGUGAAUGUUUUCAAGUAAAUUUUGUAAUAAACCAUUGAUAUAAAAGUAAAUUGGCUAUUGAAAAAUCAUUGCGGGCUACAAACACCAAAUCAUUACAUGUCAUCACUUUGUGUUGUUUGUUUGUGAAGUCGCAUUGUGAAAAAAAAAGAACCGGAAAGGACUCCGCUGUAUUAGGUUUUAUUUUACAUUUAGUGAGGGGUAAAUAAGGAGCAAUAAAUCAAUCAACUCUUUUGUUGUAGUUAUUUAGUGAAGUGUAAUUAAACCAAAGCAUUUACGUCGCGUGUAUUCCUUCGACGUAAAUUUGGAUUGUCACAAGAUGGCCGCCAUUGGAUGCUCGCUCCGCCGAAACCCGCUCUCAAAGCGCGAUGUGUCACCCACGGGCGCCCGCUUGGCCGCCAACAUGCUGUGAGCCGGCGUCGGGCGGCGCGCUGCGCUCUCCGGCCCCUUCCGGCGAGGUUCCAUUUCGUAAAAUGGAAUUUCGCUUGAGGCGCCAAAAUACGAUGGGUGUUGACAGCGCUCCAGUACCGUACCGUUACUCCGACGGCCGAUCAAAAUAAUUGUAGACAAAGAUGAGCGAGCCGGAAGACGUCGGAAAGGAUGUGUGGAAGCGAUGGAUACUCGAGGCGAUUCGGAAAAUACGUUCACAAAAACAGCGGCCGAGUGUGGAGCGCAUCUGUCACGCGAUCAGGCAGCACCACAACUAUCAUGAGGACGUGGUCUCCGAGCGCCUGGAGCGGGCCGUGCGCGAGGGCGCCGUGCUGAAAGUGUACAACAAGGGGCAGAGCUCGUACAAGGACCCAGGGGGGUUACAAAGCAGGACUCUUAGGAUAGCACCGGACAUCGAUGUGUCGCGGGCAGUGGCUAAAGCAGUGCGUGAGUUAGGUGAACGGGAUGGUAGUGACUUAAAGACUAUAGAGAAACAUCUGCAGCAGGCAUACCAAGUGACUGUGGACCCUGAAGUGGAUGUGCGUACAGUGUUGAAGGCCGCAGCGAAGCGGGCCGUGACUAGGGGGUUGAUAACCCACCAUCAGGGAUUUUAUAAGGCUACGGAGAGACCGAGGGCUGGGUCACAUGAACGGACUCCAAAGCAAAAGAAGAAUCAGGAAUCAGAAAAGAGCCCCGAAGGCUUGCCCAUCUGCGCAGAGUGCCUGGGCACGGAGACGCGCAACAGCAGCGGUGAGCCCGAGCCGCUCAUCAGCUGUCAGCAGUGCAAGUCCUACGCGCACCCCACGUGCCUCAACCUUCUGGAUCACACCACUCAGACUACUUUGAAGGCGCUGCGCUGGUCGUGCGGCGAGUGUGCGUGGUGCUCCGUGUGCGGCAGCGCGGGCGGCUGGGCGGCGCGCUGCUCCUCGUGCCCGGGCGCCGCGCCCCGCUACGCGCACGCGCACUGCGCGCCGCCGCCGUGGCGCUGCGCCGUCUGUAAGGACAUGCCCGCUACUCCAAAGCGGUCGGGUGGUGCGGGUGCGGGUGCGAAGACGCCGCGGACGAAGAAGGCGCGCACGCCGCGCCGCGCGGCCUCGGACUCCGAGCCCUCCGACGGUAAUGACCCCCCCGCGCCGCUCGACCAGAGAAUGUCCAAGGAGAAACAAAAGUUUUUCAGAUUCAGCGCCUUCAACCUCGUCAAGCGCCGGCGGCGGGACUCCUCCAGCGACUGGGAGGGCUGGGACCGGGCGAGGUUCGACGGGGUCAGGGUCACUAGAGUCCAACGGUUGGAACUGCGCCUGGAGCGCCGGAGAAGGCGUCAACCGUCGACCGACUCCGACUCGUCCUCGCCCCCGUCCCCCCCUCGAGAACUCUUCUCCCCGCCCCCUCGAUCUCCCGUCCACCCGCCGACCAUCUUCGAGCGGCUCGCCAGCGAUUCCUGCAAAGGCGCCUGGGGUUUCGCCGCCGAAGCGCAGAAGCAGCGGCAGAUCGAGGAGAAACCUGUAGAGUCGAAGCGACGCUCGGAAUCGCCUAGAAAACAGAAGCCGGAGCCGAGAAGGAUAGCUCGGCGCCGCAGCAGAUGCGGCGAGCGACUUCUGACUACCUUAUUCGACGGCCUGUCGGAAUUUUACUCGGUACGGACGGAAUCUAGAUCCCAGUCGAGGCAUCGCGGGCGACCUCGGAGAGAAAAAUCCGUCCGACGCGAAUCCCUAACGGAAACCAGAGAGACCGAGCGACAGGUCUUAAAGGAGACCCGCAGUACCUUCCGCAAGCACCUAGAGACGUUAAAACGCGAGCGCAGCCCGAGCGCGCCCCCGGAUGACAUAAUACCGAAAGAGGAGUGCAACAGUAAACUGUCGGCCUCGUCGCUAGUGCGCCUGGCGGCGUCCAAGCGGCACGCGGACGGGGACAGCGAGAAGCUGUACCGCGCGCUCGCGGAGGACGCGGACCGAGCCCCGGCCAGCAAUCAGACGGAAAGCAAGAAGCUCCCCCCGGGUGUGACCGUAGGCGACGCGUCGUUGUUCAGCGCAGCGCUAGCGGCCUCGGGGGCGCUGGGGGCCGAGCCGGCGCUAGCGGCCACCCCCGCCCCCGCCCUCGCCCUCGCCCCCGCCCUCGCGCCCGCCCCCGCGCCCGCCCCGCGGUGCCCCUCCGCCAUCGAGUUCGGCCAGUGGGAGAUCGACACGUGGUACUCCAGCCCCUUCCCGCAGGAAUAUGCCAGGCUACCCAAGCUAUUUCUGUGCGAGUUCUGCCUUAAAUACGCCAAAAGUCGGGCCGUGCUCAUGCGCCACCUCGACAAGUGCCUGUGGCGGCAUCCGCCCGCCACCGAGAUCUACCGCUGCGGCGACAUUUCCGUCUUCGAAGUGGACGGAAACGCCAACAAAAUCUACUGCCAGAACCUCUGCCUCCUCGCCAAACUCUUCCUCGACCACAAAACGCUCUACUACGAUGUUGAACCGUUCCUAUUCUACGUGUUAACGAAAAAUGAUAAUAAAGGAUGUCACCUGGUCGGAUAUUUUUCGAAAGAGAAGCAUUGUCAGCAGAAGUACAAUGUGUCGUGCAUUAUGACUAUGCCGCAGUACCAGAGGCAGGGUUACGGGCGGUUUCUCAUCCAUUUUAGUUAUUUAUUAUCAAAAGAGGAAGGUCAACCCGGAACACCAGAAAAACCUCUAUCUGACCUCGGCCGAGUGUCGUAUCACGCUUACUGGAAGUCGGUCAUACUCGAGUUCCUCCACGAUCACAAAGACAAACCGUUCACACUCGAGGACAUCGCGCAUACAACGGGCAUGCACAUGAACGACAUAGCCGCCACCUACCAACUGCUCGGUUUCGUCAGAUACCUACCCAACAAUGACUCGAUGAAACUAGGACUCUGCAUAGACUGGAACAAGGUCGAUAGUCACGUGAAAAAAUUAAGAAGUAGACCGCGAUUGGAAAUCGACCCCGAAUGCCUCAGGUGGACGCCCCUUUUGGCCCCCACCAUCAACCCCUUCAGAUCACCCGACGAAGGCUCCGCCGACCAGGACACUGAGAACGACGAGGAAAUGAAAACUGAGAGUGAGGACACGGCGACAGAACCUGAAACACCAGUCACCAAAGCGGAGACCAAGUUGAAGAACAAAAUUGAAAAGGAGAAGACCCCUGAACCUGUUGAGGUCACGUCAUCUGGGCGACGGCGGACGAGACCUCUCAAGUACAGUGAAACGACUUACCAGACUACUCCCACGCUUGCUCAGGAGGGCGGUAGAAAGAGAAAACGGGAUGUAAACAGAAAGCUAUCCGAAUCCAACCUAACUGAGGAUGAUAAAAAACCAGAGGAGACGACUCCGCGGCAACAAAGAAGUAAAAGUGUUACGAGACGGUCCUCCAGAGUCGCACAGAAUGAGCUCAACGAAGACUCCAACCCUACUCCGACACCUAGAAGCAGGAGACAGAGUGUUAAAGAAAAAGAGACAUACGCCUCAGAUAGCCAGGAUAGCCAAGAAGAUACCCUUGACACCUCAGUCGCCGCAACAGCCAGUGUCAAAGCGAAAGCGAAGCGAAAACAUCCCUGGCGUGGUCGCCCUAAGAAGCGACAAAAGGUCACCAAAGCUAAUAAAGUCAGAACUGAUUCCCCUGACGCCAAGAAAGCGAAAAUGGAUGAGGAAACAAACUUCAAAACUGACGACGAUUCCAUGGAGGAAGAAAAGCCCAAAUCGCCUGUUCAAAACCAUAAUUCCCCUAAGAGUCAGGAUGUGGAAAAAGCAAAGGAGAAAAGCAAAAAUUCAGACAGCUCUGAGGACUCUUCUGGGGAGGCUGAUGAUGAAAUGGACGUGGAAGAGGUAGAAGAUAAAAGAAGUGUAUCCAGCAAACCCGCCAGUCCUCAGCAAUUAGAAGAGAACAGCACUGAUCAUCACACCAGUGACAUGGAACUUGACAGCAUACACAUGGAUUCACCAAAAUCUAUAGCUGAGAAAGAACAAGUCAUCAAAGAAACCUCCACUGCAGACAGUGAGAAAAGGGACCAAGCCAGUGAAGACGUAGAAUCACCCACUGUCAACGCCACAGAAUCAAAACCGGAGUCGCAGUCGCAAAAAGCAGAUGAGCAGACAGAAGCGAAAAACGGCGAAAUCAAGUCUCCAACCAAACCUUCGCUGGACGACAAAGAGACUAUAAUCAUAUCAGAAUCAGAUGACAAUAAUAGCCAAAGUUGUCCGCUACCUUCUCCUAAACCCAACAACACGGUGCCGGCGCAAACUAACAAUGAAAACAAACCUAAAGAGGUUGAAGAAAAUGAAAGCCCCUCUAAGGUUAUACCCGUUGUGUCCACGGAGAACGCUCACAUAGUGCUAGACCACAAGAUUCAAGAGGAAGUGAAUCCAAGUAGACCACCAGUAGAUCUUAUUGUCCCUAAAAUACAUCAGAUAGAAACUAUAGUAGUUGAAGGAGAGUCCGAUAAUGGCCCAUCGCCCCAUACGCCACCAAAACUGAAUGAUAAAUCUGUUAUCAACGAGUCACCAAAACAAAAAAGGACACCAGAAAAAGUAAAUUCUGAAUGUGAACAGAAAAAGUGUGAAGUAAGAAAGGAAACAGUGAUACAACAUCAGGCUAUGGACGAGCUUAAAAGUCCAGAGAAAAAGUCUCCAACUAAACCUGACUCGAUUAAUCAGAAUGUGCACCCUCAAAGAGACAUGAGUAAUAUGAAAUUACCCGAGAUGCCUAAACUCGACUCCUAUACAGAUCUGCCAGAUAGGAAUAAAUCUCAAAAUUGCGUUGUUAGCAAAGAAAGCGAAACUACUUUUAGAAAUGACUUGGUUAAUCCAAGAAAAGACGAGUUGGUCAUUACGAGAAAUGUAAUAGAACCAAAUAUGAUCAACUACCAGAAUACGGUGAGCAACUCCAUGACGAUACAACAAAUUAAUACGGCGCAGCACUCCUACCUCAACCAUAGAGCCAGCGUCAGCAAGGAGUCUCAAGCUGUUCAGACAGACAAAGUGAUGAAGACCAGUGAAGCUAACAGAAUUAACAGCAUGUCUGAUUCGCCUGUGAUAAGCAAACCGACCAAACUAGAAGUGCCUCAUCCCAUUACAUCCCCCGUCAUCAACCCAGUGAUACCCAAAGUACCCAAUGUUACAGACAUCAAUUUUUUACCUAGAUGCCAAAGCGCCAAUGCCGCUGUAAACUUGGGCUCUGAAAUGGACCCUAAUUUUGCGAACAGCAAUGUUAUCCAGAAUUCUCUUGGAGGCUCCAUGAAUAUCGUCCAAUGUAGCUCACAGGAUAAGGACUUAAAACCAAGGGAGAAAAGCAAACUCCGAGAUGUAAGAGUGAAUUCAGCUCACAACAAAUUGGAAAAACCGGAAAAGAAAAGCAAGAAUGACACCCCAAGAAGCACACCUGAGCCCAAAGUCGUGUUUUUUCCAGAGCAAAAUGCUAACGCCCGAAAGCCGGAGACGUCGGUCCCUAUAACCGUCAUCAACACCAACGCUGGCCCCGUCACGAGCAAGCCGGAAACAAAACCGACCAACGAAGCCCCGAAGAAGCAAGAUUUUUUUAAGAAAGAGAAAACUAACACCGCUAAAUGUGACUCAAAAAACAACACAGUCAAACAUGACAAAACUUGCACGACGCAACUCGCCUUAAAACCCGACCAAAAUGAUUUAAACAAAAUGCUACCCAAGCUGCGCUAUGACAACGAUCUCGUCCCAAAAGACUAUCCCAUGAACCAAAUCCCAAACUACCACACAUCUCAUGCUCAGUACCAAUGGCCACCCUGGGACCCCGCACGCCUGGCACAAGGCACAUGGGACCACAACAGAUUUCUCGAUAUGAAAAACAGCGAAAAAAACUACCUGGACAAAUUCCAGGGUUUCAACCUACCUCAUCUUGAACAGAUGCAGAAAUCGCCCCAAAAGCUCCACCCGAAAUAUGAUCAGAAAGAUUUCCAUAACAUCGCUUAUGGAGCGAUUUCAUCCGGCAUCUACGCCACUACGGGCCUUCCGCAUUUCAAAGAAACUAAAGCACCGACUUCAAAAGCGUCCGAAUGCUCGCAGAAGAACGACUGUAAACCAUCCAAGCAAUCCAAAACGACAACAGCUUGCCAAACACAGUGCGAGCCGAAGAAAUCUCAGGCGCAAAACGAAGCGCAAAUGAAACAAAUGAUGCACCGUCAAGUCAAACAGCAGGAAGCCACCAGCUGCGCCGAAUACCGACAGCAAAGUCCUCAAGUGCUAACCUCCCCUGGCUGUAAAACUCCUUUCAACAACGGUCCAUGCAGCCAAGAGAAGGAAAUAGAAAAGAAAAGUAGACAAAAGAAGGAGGAAUCGCCUAAAGAGAGCAAGGAAGAGAUGUGUGAAGCGGUCAGUCCGGCUUUGCAAUCUAUGGGCGUAUACACGCCAGACUCGACCAGCAAUUCUGUACAUUCAGUGCAGUAUCCUUCUUGUGAACUCGACGUAUCGCAGCUAGGCUUGGAGUCGCCUUCAAGUAUCGGAUCGGAUCUGGCGUCUCCGUGUUACAUGCACGCGACGCCGUCGCCGCAGUAUCCGCACUCGGCGAUACACAUACCUUCGAUCAUGACGCAGCCCAAUCAGCCGCCGAAACAGCAGAAGAUCAAUAACAGGAAUAGAAACACUGGCGCGAGUAGCGGCGCAGGCGCAGGCGCGGGCGCGGGCGCAGGCGCGGGCGCGAGCAGCGGCGCCAAGAGCGAGCCCGCCAUGCGCGGCGCCGCCACGCCCCCCGCCCGCCACCGCACCACCCCCCCGGCUCAUCAGCCACACGCCGGCGGCGGAGCGGCUGCUGGCGGCGCCAGCGCCGGCUACCAGGGGGGCUACCUCUCUUUCCAACAACAACAGCAGUACCACGGAGGGGGGUGGGCGCCCUCCUGCUCGCUCGCCAAGCUGCAGCAGAUGGCCGAGGCGCCGCAACACCACCACCAGCAGGUACGCUACCAGGGCGGCUACCUCUCCUUCCAGCAACAACAGCAGUACCACGGAGGGGGGUGGGCGCCCUCCUGCUCGCUCGCCACGCUGCAGCAGAUGGCCGAGGCGUCGCAACACCACCACCAGCAGUACGCGCAGCAGGCGGGCACGCAGCACUACCACAAGUACUACCCGGCGCCGGCGCCCUACGCGCAGCAGGCGACGGGGCAGCACUACCACAAGUACUACCCGGCGCCCAACCAGCUCGACGCCGCGCGCACCAGGACACACUCCGCGCCCGCGCCCAGUAAGUACACAACGAGGCAGUACGCGCAGCAGGCGACGGGGCAGCACUACCACAAGUACUACCCGGCGCCCAACCAGCUCGACGCCGCGCGCACCAGGACACACUCCGCGCCCGCGCCCAGUAAGUACACAACGAGGCAGUACGCGCAGCAGGCGACGGGGCAGCACUACCACAAGUACUACCCGGCGCCCAACCAGCUCGACGCCGCGCGCACCAGGACACACUCCGCGCCCGCGCCCAGUAAGUACACAACGAGGCAGUACGCGCAGCAGGCGACGGGGCAGCACUACCACAAGUACUACCCGGCGCCCAACCAGCUCGACGCCGCGCGCACCAGGACACACUCCGCGCCCGCGCCCAGUAAGUACACAACGAGGCAGUACGCGCAGCAGGCGACGGGGCAGCACUACCACAAGACACACUCCGCGCCCGCGCCCAGUAAGUACACAACGAGGCAGUACGCGCAGCAGGCGACGGGGCAGCACUACCACAAGUACUACCCGGCGCCCAACCAGCUCGACGCCGCGCGCACCAGGACACACUCCGCGCCCGCGCCCAGUAAGUACACAACGAGGCAGUACGCGCAGCAGGCGACGGGGCAGCACUACCACAAGUACUACCCGGCGCCCAACCAGCUCGACGCCGCGCGCACCAGGACACACUCCGCGCCCGCGCCCAGUAAGUACACAACGAGGCAGUACGCGCAGCAGGCGACGGGGCAGCACUACCACAAGUACUACCCGGCGCCCAACCAGCUCGACGCCGCGCGCACCAGGACACACUCCGCGCCCGCGCCCAGUAAGUACACAACGAGGCAGUACGCGCAGCAGGCGACGGGGCAGCACUACCACAAGUACUACCCGGCGCCCAACCAGCUCGACGCCGCGCGCACCAGGACACACUCCGCGCCCGCGCCCAGUAAGUACACAACGAGGCAGUACGCGCAGCAGGCGACGGGGCAGCACUACCACAAGUACUACCCGGCGCCCAACCAGCUCGACGCCGCGCGCACCAGGACACACUCCGCGCCCGCGCCCAGUAAGUACACAACGAGGCAGUACGCGCAGCAGGCGACGGGGCAGCACUACCACAAGUACUACCCGGCGCCCAACCAGCUCGACGCCGCGCGCACCAGGACACACUCCGCGCCCGCGCCCAGUAAGUACACAACGAGGCAGUACGCGCAGCAGGCGACGGGGCAGCACUACCACAAGUACUACCCGGCGCCCAACCAGCUCGACGCCGCGCGCACCAGGACACACUCCGCGCCCGCGCCCAGUAAGUACACAACGAGGCAGUACGCGCAGCAGGCGACGGGGCAGCACUACCACAAGUACUACCCGGCGCCCAACCAGCUCGACGCCGCGCGCACCAGGACACACUCCGCGCCCGCGCCCAGUAAGUACACAACGAGGCAGUACGCGCAGCAGGCGACGGGGCAGCACUACCACAAGUACUACCCGGCGCCCAACCAGCUCGACGCCGCGCGCACCAGGACACACUCCGCGCCCGCGCCCAGUAAGUACACAACGAGGCAGUACGCGCAGCAGGCGACGGGGCAGCACUACCACAAGUACUACCCGGCGCCCAACCAGCUCGACGCCGCGCGCACCAGGACACACUCCGCGCCCGCGCCCAGUAAGUACACAACGAGGCAGUACGCGCAGCAGGCGACGGGGCAGCACUACCACAAGUACUACCCGGCGCCCAACCAGCUCGACGCCGCGCGCACCAGGACACACUCCGCGCCCGCGCCCAGUAAGUACACAACGAGGCAGUACGCGCAGCAGGCGACGGGGCAGCACUACCACAAGACACACUCCGCGCCCGCGCCCAGUAAGUACACAACGAGGCAGUACGCGCAGCAGGCGACGGGGCAGCACUACCACAAGUACUACCCGGCGCCCAACCAGCUCGACGCCGCGCGCACCAGGACACACUCCGCGCCCGCGCCCAGUAAGUACACAACGAGGCAGUACGCGCAGCAGGCGACGGGGCAGCACUACCACAAGACACACUCCGCGCCCGCGCCCAGUAAGUACACAACGAGGCAGUACGCGCAGCAGGCGACGGGGCAGCACUACCACAAGUACUACCCGGCGCCCAACCAGCUCGACGCCGCGCGCACCAGGACACACUCCGCGCCCGCGCCCAGUAAGUACACAACGAGGCAGUACGCGCAGCAGGCGACGGGGCAGCACUACCACAAGUACUACCCGGCGCCCAACCAGCUCGACGCCGCGCGCACCAGGACACACUCCGCGCCCGCGCCCAGUAAGUACACAACGAGGCAGUACGCGCAGCAGGCGACGGGGCAGCACUACCACAAGUACUACCCGGCGCCCAACCAGCUCGACGCCGCGCGCACCAGGACACACUCCGCGCCCGCGCCCAGUAAGUACACAACGAGGCAGUACGCGCAGCAGGCGACGGGGCAGCACUACCACAAGUACUACCCGGCGCCCAACCAGCUCGACGCCGCGCGCACCAGGACACACUCCGCGCCCGCGCCCAGUAAGUACACAACGAGGCAGUACGCGCAGCAGGCGACGGGGCAGCACUACCACAAGUACUACCCGGCGCCCAACCAGCUCGACGCCGCGCGCACCAGGACACACUCCGCGCCCGCGCCCAGUAAGUACACAACGAGGCAGUACGCGCAGCAGGCGACGGGGCAGCACUACCACAAGUACUACCCGGCGCCCAACCAGCUCGACGCCGCGCGCACCAGGACACACUCCGCGCCCGCGCCCAGUAAGUACACAACGAGGCAGUACGCGCAGCAGGCGACGGGGCAGCACUACCACAAGUACUACCCGGCGCCCAACCAGCUCGACGCCGCGCGCACCAGGACACACUCCGCGCCCGCGCCCAGUAAGUACACAACGAGGCAGUACGCGCAGCAGGCGACGGGGCAGCACUACCACAAGUACUACCCGGCGCCCAACCAGCUCGACGCCGCGCGCACCAGGACACACUCCGCGCCCGCGCCCAGUAAGUACACAACGAGGCAGUACGCGCAGCAGGCGACGGGGCAGCACUACCACAAGUACUACCCGGCGCCCAACCAGCUCGACGCCGCGCGCACCAGGACACACUCCGCGCCCGCGCCCAGUAAGUACACAACGAGGCAGUACGCGCAGCAGGCGACGGGGCAGCACUACCACAAGUACUACCCGGCGCCCAACCAGCUCGACGCCGCGCGCACCAGGACACACUCCGCGCCCGCGCCCAGUAAGUACACAACGAGGCAGUACGCGCAGCAGGCGACGGGGCAGCACUACCACAAGUACUACCCGGCGCCCAACCAGCUCGACGCCGCGCGCACCAGGACACACUCCGCGCCCGCGCCCAGUAAGUACACAACGAGGCAGUACGCGCAGCAGGCGACGGGGCAGCACUACCACAAGUACUACCCGGCGCCCAACCAGCUCGACGCCGCGCGCACCAGGACACACUCCGCGCCCGCGCCCAGUAAGUACACAACGAGGCAGUACGCGCAGCAGGCGACGGGGCAGCACUACCACAAGUACUACCCGGCGCCCAACCAGCUCGACGCCGCGCGCACCAGGACACACUCCGCGCCCGCGCCCAGUAAGUACACAACGAGGCAGUACGCGCAGCAGGCGACGGGGCAGCACUACCACAAGUACUACCCGGCGCCCAACCAGCUCGACGCCGCGCGCACCAGGACACACUCCGCGCCCGCGCCCAGUAAGUACACAACGAGGCAGUACGCGCAGCAGGCGACGGGGCAGCACUACCACAAGUACUACCCGGCGCCCAACCAGCUCGACGCCGCGCGCACCAGGACACACUCCGCGCCCGCGCCCAGUAAGUACACAACGAGGCAGUACGCGCAGCAGGCGACGGGGCAGCACUACCACAAGUACUACCCGGCGCCCAACCAGCUCGACGCCGCGCGCACCAGGACACACUCCGCGCCCGCGCCCAGUAAGUACACAACGAGGCAGUACGCGCAGCAGGCGACGGGGCAGCACUACCACAAGUACUACCCGGCGCCCAACCAGCUCGACGCCGCGCGCACCAGGACACACUCCGCGCCCGCGCCCAGUAAGUACACAACGAGGCAGUACGCGCAGCAGGCGACGGGGCAGCACUACCACAAGUACUACCCGGCGCCCAACCAGCUCGACGCCGCGCGCACCAGGACACACUCCGCGCCCGCGCCCAGUAAGUACACAACGAGGCAGUACGCGCAGCAGGCGACGGGGCAGCACUACCACAAGUACUACCCGGCGCCCAACCAGCUCGACGCCGCGCGCACCAGGACACACUCCGCGCCCGCGCCCAGUAAGUACACAACGAGGCAGUACGCGCAGCAGGCGACGGGGCAGCACUACCACAAGUACUACCCGGCGCCCAACCAGCUCGACGCCGCGCGCACCAGGACACACUCCGCGCCCGCGCCCAGUAAGUACACAACGAGGCAGUACGCGCAGCAGGCGACGGGGCAGCACUACCACAAGUACUACCCGGCGCCCAACCAGCUCGACGCCGCGCGCACCAGGACACACUCCGCGCCCGCGCCCAGUAAGUACACAACGAGGCAGUACGCGCAGCAGGCGACGGGGCAGCACUACCACAAGUACUACCCGGCGCCCAACCAGCUCGACGCCGCGCGCACCAGGACACACUCCGCGCCCGCGCCCAGUAAGUACACAACGAGGCAGUACGCGCAGCAGGCGACGGGGCAGCACUACCACAAGUACUACCCGGCGCCCAACCAGCUCGACGCCGCGCGCACCAGGACACACUCCGCGCCCGCGCCCAGUAAGUACACAACGAGGCAGUACGCGCAGCAGGCGACGGGGCAGCACUACCACAAGUACUACCCGGCGCCCAACCAGCUCGACGCCGCGCGCACCAGGACACACUCCGCGCCCGCGCCCAGUAAGUACACAACGAGGCAGUACGCGCAGCAGGCGACGGGGCAGCACUACCACAAGUACUACCCGGCGCCCAACCAGCUCGACGCCGCGCGCACCAGGACACACUCCGCGCCCGCGCCCAGUAAGUACACAACGAGGCAGUACGCGCAGCAGGCGACGGGGCAGCACUACCACAAGUACUACCCGGCGCCCAACCAGCUCGACGCCGCGCGCACCAGGACACACUCCGCGCCCGCGCCCAGUAAGUACACAACGAGGCAGUACGCGCAGCAGGCGACGGGGCAGCACUACCACAAGUACUACCCGGCGCCCAACCAGCUCGACGCCGCGCGCACCAGGACACACUCCGCGCCCGCGCCCAGUAAGUACACAACGAGGCAGUACGCGCAGCAGGCGACGGGGCAGCACUACCACAAGUACUACCCGGCGCCCAACCAGCUCGACGCCGCGCGCACCAGGACACACUCCGCGCCCGCGCCCAGUAAGUACACAACGAGGCAGUACGCGCAGCAGGCGACGGGGCAGCACUACCACAAGUACUACCCGGCGUCCAACUGCGCCCUUCCAGGCAACCUGUCGCCGAUGCAGCACAUGCAGAUGGCGCCGACGUCGCGCAUGUCCCCCAACCUGAACUCGCACAUCAUCUCGCAGUACGGUGUCGGCGUCGGCCUCGCCAACUCGUACCGCAUGCCGCCGCAGCAGCAGUUCAACAAUCUGCAAAUGAUGAACGUGAACACGCCCGUGCAGUACUCCGCCCCGGACCCCCGCGCCCAGCAGCCCAACGUGUACGCGUACGGGUACAUCAACGCCCCGUCCGCCCUAGGGCUGCAGAGCCUGAACUCUACGAUGCGUCGGUAGCCCAAACCCAAGCCGGGUGAUCCGAAAGUGAACGAGUAGUGCUCGAAAUACUCACGCGGCAUUCCAGUGUUUUUGUGACGGACGUCUGUGACGCGAUUUGACCAAAAACCGAUCGUAUCGUAAGUACAAAUAAGUAAGCUAGUGUAUAUAGAGUAGUGUAGGUUCGAUACGCCGCUUCGGUUGCCUUCCCGGGUUUUCGGUUGUCGGUGGUGGCUUUUUAGUGUAGGAAUCUCGCGCGGUAUCUUGAAGCUGAACAAAGUACAAAAUUGCGGAUAAAUAAUUUAAAACCUGUUUAUAUUUGACCGGCGGAGAUGUAGCAUAAUUAAAUAGUGCAAUAAAUCGUGUUUGCUGUUGUAUGUACCGGUUCGUAUCGACCUCGUAUUGUGCUCGUCCGAUGCGUAAUAAA